UUGGUGUGGAAGGAGAUUGACUAUGGCUCAAUGACAAAGGCAGAGAAACUAAUGCUUGUUUCAGAAGUGAAUUUGCUUCGUGAGCUGAGACAUCCGAAUAUCGUCCGGUACUACGAUCGGAUCAUCGACAGAAGCAACACAACCCUCUACAUCGUGAUGGAGUACUGUGAAGGUGGUGACCUGGCUAGCUUAAUUGCUAGGUGCAUGGAAGAAAGGUGUUACUUGGAAGAAAGCUUUGUUCUCCGAGCCUUGACUCAAUUGGCAUUGGCCUUGAAGGAAUGUCACAGACGGAGUGAUGGUGGAGUCACUGUGCAUCGUGACUUAAAACCAGCAAAUGUCUUUCUAGAUGGCAAGCGGAAUGUGAAACUUGGAGAUUUUGGACUGGCUAGAAUAUUGCACCAUGACACCAGCUUUGCCAGAACAUUUGUUGGAACUCCAUAUUAUAUGUCUCCAGAACAAAUGAACCACAUGUCAUACAAUGAAAAAUCUGACAUCUGGUCUCUAGGAUGUCUCCUGUACGAAUUAUGUGCUCUCUUGCCUCCAUUUAGAGCUUACAACCAAAAGGAGUUGGCAGAAAAGAAAUGGGAAGGGAAGUUCAGACGAAUACCGUAUCGUUACUCAGAGCAGUUGAAUGAACUUAUCAAAGAGAUGCUGAAUGUAAAGGAUUAUUGCCGACCUUCUGUUGAAGAUAUUCUGCAGCAUCCCUUGAUAGCAGACUUGGUGACAGAAGAACAAAGACAAAAUUUUGACAAAAGAGUCUGGAGAUUAUGGGAGCCAGAAAGGCUGCAGCACUCAGAUGCUGCAGAGAAUGAGCUGAAACGGAAGGAACAAGUACAGGAGCGAGAACAACAAGUACAGGAGCGAGAACAACAAGUACAGGAGCGACAACGGGAACUCUGUGUUCGAGAGAAACUGGCAGAGGACAAACUUGCUAGAGCUGAAAACUUGAUGAGGAUCUACAAUCUCUACAAACAGCAGAAGACAUUAACUUAUGCAGAUGGUCCAGGUAUGAAAAUACACAAGAAGCUUGCACUGCUAAGUGUAGGCUGGUACAACCGGAAGAAUGCCCCUAGUGCUCAACAUGCU